GGUAAAAUAAACGAAGUUUAGUCGAAAAAUCACUGAAGUGGUCGUGCUAUCAAAGCGAGAAGUAAAGUUGUAUUUUAAAAUGUAGAUUGGUUUAUACAUAAGAUUAUGUUGUGUUUAAAUGAAUUUUACCACUGGUGCAUUUACGCUUAGAUAUUUUGUUAAAUUUGAGUAAGAUAAGGCUGAAAUGGAAUACAGUAAUCUUUCUUCAUACAUAUUCUGAGACUAUGAUAUAUUGGAAGAGGAAUUUUUGUUGUAAAGUUUAAAUGUAAUAGGAUCACUGUCAAUUUAUAAACAGCGCGUGAUAUUCCUAUUCAUUCACGUUGAAAUAUUUUGGAGUUGGUAUUCGACAGGGACGAGAGGACAAUAUCUCAUUUUGGUUUGAUUGCGAUCAUUAUGAAACAAUACAUGUCCUUUGCUUCUUGGAUUACGCGAUUUAAUUACUGAUUUACGAGACUAGGUAGUCAAUUAGUGACAAUUUUUUAUCAAUUAGAUUGUAUUUUAACGAGUUGAUUUAUCUCUCUUCACAGAACCCUGUCAUAGUUGUUUUGGUUAAGAUACAUUUGAGUUAAAACACACUUGCAUGGUAUUUUGAUUUUAGAAAUAAAGAGUUACGUGUACGGGAAUAAAUUACGAGAUACCCUACUGUUGUAAUGUGACGGCAGAUUACAUUGCUAAUUCAAAAGAUAAAAGGCGGUUACUUUUUCAAUUUAUUCCUAGAAGGUUGCGGUAAAGUUUUCUAUAAAUUACUUUAAAGUGCUUUAUAAACAUGGAUACAGUUCACAAUUGAGGAUAACACAAAGUUAUGGUGCAAGAAGUUUACACAUACCAUACAGUAAAUAGUAGGAUAAGUGAAGGAUUACUAAAUUUUAAAUAUGGCUUGGGAUUUAAACCUUUUACCAGUCCUCCUGUUUGUCAGCCUGAUAACUGUCAUCGAGAAUGGACUAGGCCAGCAGUUACAGCGCGGCAUGCCAAACGUUUGUCAGUACCAAGAAGUAAAAAUGGAGUUAACUCGGGUUCCAUGUGUUCAAGCCUUUACAAGGAUGGUAAAAGUCUGGAAACCCAACUGCAGUUAUAACAGACACUGGUGUAUAGGUUACGAAAGAAGACAAUAUUAUUAUACAACAUAUAAAGAUCAGUAUCAACCUAGAUAUAUAACGAACUAUAAAUGUUGUCACGGAUGGCGGCAGCAAGGAGGGGACACGGCUUGCAUGUAUCGGGAGUGCAAUAGAGCUAUGUGUUUAAAUGGAGGAACUUGUUUGUCGUCAUAUGGUCAAAGAUGUAAUUGUCCAGCGGGAUUCCAAGGUGCCCGAUGCGAAUACGACAUAAAUGAAUGUGGUAACAACAAUGGAGGCUGUGAACAAGAUUGUUGUAACACCAUUGGUUCAUUCAUAUGCAAAUGCAGGCGGGGUUUCCAACUGUCACGUGACGGCAGAACAUGUGAAGAUGAGAACGAAUGUCUGUCAUAUAAUGGUGGAUGCCAGUACCGGUGUACCAACACACGAGGAAGCUAUGUAUGUCAAUGCCCUGGUGGUCAGCGCUUGCACGCAGACGGUCGUACUUGUAUAAAUGAUACUGAUAGUGUCGACGACCUGGAUGCUGACCAGUCACUGCUUACUAACAAAAUACCUGUGAUUACUAACAAUAUCCUUAAGGAGCAUGACACGAAAGGAAUCGUUGAAAACUCUGAUACCGAUAGAGCCUCCAAUUUCAUAGACAAUAACACAGAAAUGCCAGAACAAAAUCAGCUAUUUCUUAAUGUCCAUUCAAAUGAUCAUUAUAACUUAAAAAGUCAACAAAAUGAUAAUGGAAAGACGAAAAUAAGUAAAUUGGGAAAAUUGAUGGAGGAUAAACCAGUGGCCAUGAUGUUGACAAGUAGAAGGAAACCCUUAUCAUUUAAUGGACCAGAUUUCGACUAUGACCCCUGCACUGCACGAGACACUGGAGAACCAGUUUGUGAACACGACUGCGUUAACGAAAAUGGACAGGCCUCUUGUAGAUGCUUUCAGGGCUACAGAUUAAAUGCAAACAUGAAGAGCUGUGACGAUAUAAAUGAAUGUGAUAUCAACAAUGGUGACUGCACACAGGCAUGUAUUAACACCCUUGGAUCAUUUACCUGCACUUGCACACCAGGGUACCAACUAGGUGUUGACGGUCGCUCAUGCUAUCGUAUAGAGCUGGAGGUUAUCGACGGAUGUGCUGUUAACAAUGGCGGAUGUCAACAUAAAUGUGAACAUAAAAAAGGACACACGCAAUGUUUAUGUCGAAAAGGUUAUUCGUUAAAGGCUGAUAACAAGACAUGUGAAGAUCUAGAUGAGUGUGAGCGAGGAGAUGCAUGUUGUCAACAAAUUUGUUCCAACGAACAGGGUGGAUACACGUGCAUGUGCAACAGCGGAUUCCAGAUACAUAGAGAUGGAUGUUUGUGCAAUGAUGUGGACGAGUGUCAAGCCAAUAACGGUGGUUGUGAACAGAGAUGUGAGAAUAUUCCUGGUUCCUAUCGCUGUGCAUGUGGUGCUGGUUACUAUCUCGCUGCUGACCGAAAACGGUGUCUUGAUGUAGAACAUUUAAGGCGAACAACCAAAGGGCCGUUACGUGGGGACCUUCCAGCGAUCCAGUAUGAUACUACUCCCAUACCUAUCAUACCAGAUGCUAGUUACGAAAUACAACUACCACAUGAACAGAAAGAUCAAAAAGCAGUUUAUGAAACUGAUAUAAAUCAUUUCGCAGAAUGUAUACCUGGACGUUUUGGGGAAGAAUGCCUCUACUCUUGUGAUGACUGUCUCAACGGAGGUCACUGCAACGAGAAAAAGAGUGGGUGCCUGUGUUCUCCUGGCUGGCAAGGACUGAUUUGUAACGAGACGUGCGAAGAGGGUACCUUUGGCGAAAGUUGUAACAGUAUUUGUACUUGUCGAAAUGGAGGAAAAUGUGAUCACGUGACAGGGAGAUGCAAGUGUCCGCCUGGAGUUAAGGGAGAAAACUGCGAAGAUGGUUGUCCCCCAGGUUUUUUUGGACAGUUUUGUGAAAAGAAAUGUCCCAGAGCAUGUCCUACAGGAUACUGCGACAGAACAUUUGGUUUCUGCGAGUGCAAUCCUGGAUUCUUCGGACCUUCAUGUAACGUGCCGUGUCCUGAGUUUACAUUCGGCGAGAAUUGUGUACAGCACUGCGAUUGUUUCGAAGACCAGACAAACAAAUGUAAUGCCAAGACAGGAGAAUGUAUUUGCAAGCCUGGAUUUCAUGGCCCGCGUUGUGAGGAGGGUUGUCCGAAAGGAUUAUUCGGAAUUGGUUGCUCUAUGAAAUGUCGUUGUGAUGACGAUAUGGAAUGUGAUCACGUGACCGGCGAAUGUAUUCAGAAUUGUCCUGCCGGAAGUAUGGGCCGUAAAUGCAAUCAACCAUGUCCGCCUGGGCGGUAUGGUAAGAAUUGUGCAGCUACAUGCGCGUGUGGAGGUAGUUCGUGCGACCCUAUAGUAGGCCUGUGUAUUUGUGCUGCUGGAAGAACAGGUCUCAGGUGUUCGGAACAAUGCCCAAGCGGAUUUUUCGGUGUAAAUUGUCGAGAGGAAUGCGGUUGUCAAAAUGACGCAGGUUGUGACCCAGUAACUGGCGAAUGUCUCUGUCUACCAGGGUGGUAUGGACCAAAGUGUUCUAAAGUUUGCCCGCAAGGUAGAUAUGGAAAGGACUGUUUGGAGCAAUGUUUAUGUGAAAAUGGAGCUCAUUGUCAUCCGCAGAACGGGCAGUGCACAUGUACUUUGGGUUAUGUAGGACAAUUCUGUGACAGGGCCUGUCCUCCAGGGAAGUAUGGUGCCUCCUGCAUGGAGACAUGUGAAUGUGAGAACAGUGCUGAAUGUGACCAUAAAACAGGAGACUGUCUGUGUUCACCUGGCUGGAGAGGUCGUCGCUGUGAUCAAAAAUGUUCCAACGGCACAUACGGACCAGGGUGUUUACAACAAUGUGAGUGUAGGAAUAACGCUAGCUGUGAUCACGUGACUGGCGUGUGCGAGUGCGCACCAGGAUGGCGCGGCAGACAUUGCAGUAAAGGUUGUCCAAUGGGAUUUUUCGGAAAGGAUUGUCAGGGUAUUUGUAACUGUGCAAAUGGCGCCAUCUGUAAUCACGUAAACGGUGAAUGUAAAUGUGCAUCAGGCUUCACUGGACCAAAAUGCUCAGAGAAAUGCCCAGAGGGCCGAUACGGUAAGGCGUGUGAGAAAACCUGUGAAUGUAUGAAUGGUGGUACAUGUGACCCUAUCACUGGUGUGUGCGUCUGUCCGCCUGGAUGGCGCGGAGCACUUUGUGAAGAAGAAUGCGAGGUGGGCCUGUAUGGUGUGAACUGUUUAUACCGGUGUUUCUGUAAUGGUCACCCCUGUGAUAGAGUAACUGGGAAAUGCAAUUGCUCCUCAGGAUACACCGGCAUGGCCUGCGAACAGUCUUGCCCAGAAGGUAAAUAUGGGCCGAAUUGUGUCGAGUCGUGUAACUGCAAGAAUAGUUUAUCAUGUGACAAAAUUACUGGCAGGUGCAACUGUUUACCUGGAUAUCACGGCGAUAACUGCGAUGAAAUCUGUGAUCAAGGAUUUCAUGGUGUGAACUGUUUCGAGAUGUGUGACUGUGCUAACAAUGCGACGUGCAAACACGACACGGGUAACUGUAUAUGUACACCUGGAUGGAGAGGAAAACGCUGCAAUAAACCGUGCUUGCCCGGAACGUUUGGUGACCAGUGUGAGCAGUCAUGCACGUGUCCUGAUGACGAGCCUUGCUAUCAUGUAACAGGAGAAUGUAAAUGUCCUCCUGGUUUUACAGGACCGUCAUGUGAACAGCCCUGUCCACCUGGAACUUUUGGACCUGAAUGCCGUGGAACAUGUACAUGCGGGCGUAACUUUAAUUGUGACCACGUGACUGGAAAUUGCGUCUGCAAAACUGGGUUAAAAGGAAAGAAAUGUAGAAAAGCAAAAACUAGACGGGAAAAGCAAGCACGCAAGGGGAAACUCAGGUCCAAGUUUUGGCAAGAAAUACUUGCUAAGAAUCUAGAAGCCGAGGAGCUACGUCUAGGCUGUAGUAAUGAUGAGUAUGGACCUAAUUGUGACAGACAAUGUGAAUGUGAACACGAGUCCCAGUGUGACGCCAUGAAUGGCAGGUGCUAUUGUACACCAGGAUAUGUUGGUGCAACAUGUAGACAUCAGUGUCCAGACGGUAGAUACGGGGAAAAUUGUACCGAAACUUGUGAUUGUAUGAACGGUGCUGGAUGUGGCAGGAUUAAGGGCCGCUGUAAAUGCUUGCCAGGAUAUACGGGAGAAAAGUGUGAAAAAGUUUGUGAGGUGGGAUUUUAUGGAGAUUACUGCGAGGAAGAAUGUCAGUGUGGAAUUAUGGGACAUUGUGACCCGUUCACUGGACGCUGUAUAUGUGGGCUUGGUUGGCAUGGCCCCACAUGUGAGGAAGCAUGUCCACUUGGCAAAUUUGGUCCUAGUUGUAUACAUUCAUGUCAGUGUCAGAAUGGGGCAUCUUGUGAUGCUGUGACCGGAUGUUGCGAAUGUAAGCCGGGAUUUUAUGGACAGUCGUGUGAAAUGGUGUGUCCCAGUGGAACACACGGAGACUACUGCUCCGAAAGAUGUGACUGCCAGAAUGGUGCAAGUUGUGAUGCUGAAACUGGGUCAUGUGACUGUAAACCUGGAUACACAGGCGACACGUGUGAGCAAGUUUGUUCGUUUGGUAUGUAUGGAGAGUAUUGUGUAAAACCAUGUGAAUGCGGAGAACAGAAAUGCCACCAUGUGACUGGCCAAUGCCUCUGUCCGUCAGGGGUUAUGCCUCCUGAUUGUAUAUUACCAUGUGAAGAGGGUCGGUAUGGCCCUAACUGUCAAUUCCUUUGUGACUGUGAUAACGGGGGUAUAUGUGACCCUAUUUCCGGGUCAUGUAGCUGCGAACAGGGCUGGAUUGGCCCCAGAUGUGAAUCUCCGCUUAGAGUUAACAGAAAGAUAAUAUAUGGACGAUAGCGGUAACCAAGAAAUCAGGACCGAGAAGAGGCGAUAUACCUUGGCAAUGGAAUUAUUCAUUUAGGAGAAAAUAAAACAUUGAACUGAUGCUGAAUGAAAUUAACAAUGCAGUUAAUAAAUUGUGUUACAAUAGAGUUUUGCUAAAGAAGACCAGAUAUUCAUAUUGUAUCUGAAGAAGAAACGAUGGAUAUUGGCAUCAGUUACAAAAUCGUAAAGAGUUUGUAACAUACUUAUUCUGUGUACUGACACUGAACUAAGUGUGCAUGCAUGAACACACAAACUCUUGGCUAUAUAUUGUUAGUUAUACUUUUAAGAUUGAACUCGUAUAAUUUUCAUGUAUUUUCAACUGCUGUGUCAACGAUAGAGAUCGUAUCUAUUCUAACGUUAAUAACUGUGUACAGAUAUCAGUGUUAGUAUGUAAAUAACUUUGUUGACAUGUUAGUACAGAGAAUCCAACGAAAGCCAGUCUGCUCUGCUGUAAAACAUUGAAUGUUAUCAAUGAUGUGUACGAUGAAAGGAGAAGUAGAGCUUUAUUGAAAACUGAUGCGAACAAAGAAACUGUAUGAAUGUCGAACGCUAGAGAGGACCACAACAUGCACGUAAUAUUGGUUUCGAUUAGAAACCACGACUUUAACAAUACAAUGUGCAUGUUACAAUGAUUUAUUUCUUAUGUGCUGUUGCUAUGUGAGCAAGCGAGGAAUAUAGUUUUAGCUUUGUUCAUUCGUCUUUCCGCAGCCAUAUCUUAGUAUAAGUUAGUCGCAUCAAGUUCAUAUUUCAUUUGCUCAGAACUCGGUUACGCUGCAAAUAUUUUUAAGACCAGACUUGUAACCAUUUCAUUGAUUAACUACAUUUGGUUUGUCUUCCCGUAACCAUAUCUUGGUAACGGUUGGUAUUUGAUGUGUUCAUUUGUAUUUACUCAUAUCUGCUACCUUGUAUUUUUGUUAAUGAAACGAGUAUGAGCAGAGUUCCUUGCCGUAUAAUUAAUUACAUAACAGCAAUUUUUGUCCUUCCCCGGCAAUAUCUUGGUAAUGGUUGGUCACAUUGAGGUGAUAUUUAUAGUGGAUGUUAGUAUUUACUUCUGUAUACUUCUCUGAAAUUUCUUUUUUUAAAGUCAGAUAAGUUUGACGAGAGAUACUGCUCAGAUAAUGAAUGACUACAUUUCCCCUUUUGCAGCCAUGUUAUGGUACUAGUGAGUUUUCGGUAUGAAUGGUUGUAUUUACUCAUCUACAUUUCUACAAUAUUUUCGAAUAUCGAAUUAGUAUGAUCAGAGUUAUUGUCUAUUAAUUAAUAAAACGACUGCAAUUUUUGUCCUUUUGUAGCGAUAUCUUUGUAACGAUAAGUCACGUUUAGUUAUUAUAUUGUGUGAAUGCUCACAGCUGUUCACUACAAAUCAAAUGCUGAUAAAAUCAGCCUGUUACCAGAGUAACUGGCCCAGAUUUGGUUAAAAUGAUCAUAUUGCUGAUAUUUUUGUCAUAGCAUUUGAGAUGUAGCGGAUGUUAUUAAUUAGUAAUUAGUUAUUAAUUGCUUGCAAACGUACAAGUAUGUUGGGGAAUUCAUUUAAUUUGCUUGUUUAUUAUUUAUUUGCACGUUUCUUAUUCGUUUAUUUCUAUUUUAUGUCUGAGACCCCGUGAGUAACCCCGCGUAUAAUCCCCGUAACUGGCAUAAUAGGAGUCGGAGAGCCAUUACAAUACGGCAUCUAAUGCAUGCAUACGUAAAAACUUGCAUGCACAUAUUGUUAUGUUAACAAUUUCAACGAUGUGUGAUGUAUCAUAAUAUUUAUUACUUUUGAAAAUGUAAUGGUAGCUAAUUAUAAAUUAUAUUAAGUUUUUUAACUAGAGUUUACACAUUUUCAACCAAUUUAUGAAAAUCAUUGUUUAUUGUUGCGAUAUUUGUCAGUGUUUUCGUUUUAAGUAUGAAACAAACGAUGGAGUAUUGAGAUGUAGUACACAGUUAACUUCAAAUUUUGAUAUAUACAUAUCAUAUUUAAGCAAUAAAGAAACAAAAGUUCUUUUAAAGUUACCUUUAACAAAUGAAUAAAAAAGAAAGUGUUUUUCCUGUAUUUUUAAAUCUAUUCAUAGCCAUAUCUCAUCCAGUGUUUUAUAUUUAUUAAAAUCUAUAAAUAUUUGGACGUGAAUAGAAAUAAUUAUGUUGUAUUCUUUCCUUUUCGUUUUUGCAUGAAGCACAUAAAUUAUUACAUACUUUAUGUAUGCGAUACAGAAUUGAGUUUGUUAUUUCUUUUUAAUUGAAAUUUUCAACUUUCUUUUAUUACUCGUAAGUUUUUGCAAAAUCCACAGGAUAUAUUUAAUGUUUACUCAUAAAUAAUAACAUAAUUAUCGUAAGUAAAAAUUACAGACUUUAACAUUUCUUACGAUGCUAUGUCUGUAUAUAUUAAUUUUGUGUACUCCAUUUAAAUGAAAUAUAAUUAACCUCAGUAGUUUAGAAAUGUACUGAUGUGGCAGUUGUUAUUACUUUCAUAUGUGAAUCUAACCACUAUUUGCCUGCAUUGAAAUCCAUGUGCAAUAAAAAAGCCACGAACUUUCUCUGUGUACUUGUGCAGUUGUAAUGUACAGUGUCAACGUGCCAUAAAUGUGGUACAUUGUAAAUAGAUUUUUGUCUUUUUGUGUAGAUGCAACAUAAUUUCUUGUCGCAUUUUAGAACUUAUUUUAAGAACAAUGAGUGCAUGCGCCAGAAGUCGAUUACAGAACACAUUGCAAAUUAGAAAACAAUUCUUAUAUUUUUUCACUAUAUGAAAGUAUGUAACAAAACUAAAACAGAAGUAUUAUAUUAAGAUUAUUCGAAAAAAGUAGCAAUUAUCAAGACAAUUAUUAUUUUGGCAUCUAAGGUGUUAUUCCGUAUCUGAACAAAAUGUACAUGUAUUUGUUGACAGUUUACAAGUGAAUACCUGAACAAAAAUGAACAUGCAUUUGUUGACAGUUUACAGGCGUAUACAGACAUAUGAAAGGCCGGUGCACACUGCUAAUUGUUAAGUGCUGAAUGUCGAUUAUUUAAUGUCAAAUGGCUACUUUAAUGCUUAUUGUCAAAUAUCAACUGUCAAUUUGUUGUCUUCAAAUGAUAAAUGUUAAUUGCGAAAGGCAAACAGUGAUUUUUUUUGUCUGUUUUAUUAAUAUAUCUGUGUCUCGUUCAAAACCAUUCUAAUUAUGUACGAAUAAACAGUCUUGGUUCCAUGUUAGAAUAAACAGUCUUGGUUCCAUGUUAGAGUAAACAGUUUUGGUUUCAUGUUUGCAUGACCGAUUGAACAUGCUCUUGCUACAAACCAAAUGUUAUUUGUCUUCAGAUAACUAGAAUUACAUUUAUAUAUUUAAGAGAUACAGAUCCUAAACUGCUAAAGUUAAAUAAAAUGGCAAUAAUCAUUUAUCAUUAAAUAUUAGAUAGAUAGCAUUUAGCAUAAAGUAUAUAACAUAUAGCUUUUUUUGUUUAUCUUUAAGUAUUCUACAUUUAGCAUUAAGUAUUCGGCAUUUAGCAUUUGGAAUUUAACAUGCGUAUCGUAUGGAAGGCCGGUGUGCCAUGCUGUUUUGCCAGAUGCUAAAUGCAAAAUAGUAAGUGCUAAACGCUAUCUGCCAUAUUCUUUAUGUCAGAUAUUAACUAUCAGAUGGUAAUUGUCAAAUAAUAAAUGCCAAUUGUAAGUUGAAAAAUGCUAAACAAUGAAUGCCAAAUGCUUAAUCAAAUAAAGAGUUGAAUAUUUCAGUGUACUAAUGCAUCUUUAGACUAGUCAUUUUAAACAGUUUCGUUCCAAUGUUCCCAAAACCGGUACUUCACAAACUGUAAGAACAAGUAAUUAAAAACUACAUUCAUAAUUGUAAGAGAUAUAGAUUAUUUACUCAUAAAAUUAAAGACUUUAACGAUAAGCAUUUAUCAUUUAGCGAUAAGCAUUUGCUUUUUGACAUUUAGCAUUUGACAUUAUACAUUAAGUAUUUGGCAUAUUUUGUAUGGAGCAUUUAGCAUUAAGUAUAUUAAAAAUUUGCCUUUUAGUAUGGUGGACCGGCUUUCCUUAGAACCGGCCUUCCACGUAGACAUAAAUAAAACAUGUGAAGUUAAAAAAAAUGACUGCGCUGACACUGUAUCAUCAUCCAUAUCAUCAUACACAGGUAUACGGCAUGACAUUAAGUCACGUUCUCUCUUGUUGCUUGCUGAUGUUACAUAUCAUUAAUCCGAUAUAUUCCAUUGUUUACGCCAUAAAAUUACCAUUGAUUGGUAUCUCACUUUAUGAACAUGUGUUAUGUUACCAGUUUCCUUUUGUAGAGUUAAAAUAAUUGUCAAUGUAUACGCUGUCCAAUAACUACAACUAAGUUGAUAAUAUAUUAAGACAAUAUUUAUAAUUCUAACUCUUAUAUUCAUUCUUAUUAUUUUUAAUUCUAACACGACCAGCAAAUAACCUAUAUACACAUAGGAGAAAAUUACUCAACGGUUAUUUUGCGAUAACCCAUGCGCGUGCAAGGUAGUGACGUCAUCCUCUAUGGUCCAGGUACGUAGCAUGAAGUGUAGUUCAAGUCGUAAAAAGUAGUUACCAUUUUUUCUAACACUGUUGGUACUAGUAUGUCGUAAUAGAGUUGAAAUAACAAGUUCCCAAGUGUGAAUUAUCGUAGAAUAAACCGAGUUUUUCGUUCUUAUGCGAAACAAUAUAUCACUCAGGCCUACGGCCUUACGCAUAAGAACUCAAAACACGGGUUAUUCUACACUAAGGAACUUAUUAUUUCUUAAAUAACCGUUGAUUGAUUUUCUCCUAUGUGUAAAUAGGUUAUUUGCUGGUCGUGUUAGAAUUAAAAAUAAUAAGAAUGAAUAUAACGAAUGUCAAGAAGAAGAAAAAUUUUAAAAUCUAUCAGAUAAAGAUAGAAUUAUCACAGUGGGAAUAUGUAAAACGUUGUUUUUUUCUCUUUUCUUUUAGUUUCUGGGUAUUGAAUGCUGACAGGACCUAGACCUAAUGUUAGUCACAUUGAAAUCUCAUUGUCUCGUAACAAAACAAAACAACGUGUGUAAAAACAGAUUACAUUGUUAUAAUUUUUCGUCUGGCCAGUAAUUGCAGUUGUGUUUAGAUGUGUUUAGAUGAAAUUAUGAAUGUAACAUUUCACAUAUAUCCUGUUGUGUGUGAGGCAGAUAUUUAUUUACGUACAUGCUAUAUUUGUAUUGUUAUCUAGUUAGCCAUUAUUACGGUUGUAUUUUCAGAUAGAACGCGUAUACAGAUAUAAUUCAAAAAUACAAUGUUUCCCAAUUUGAAUAGCAACUGUCUGUCCAGAAGAGACUGUCGGCUGUAAAAAUUCCCUCCACGGAGUUAGACCCAGUGUUGUUAUAUUUUCUGGUCAUUUGGGACCAUGAAGUACAUUCAGUUUUUUUAUAUAUGAGAAUUCUCAUAAGUCAGUGCUAGGGGGGCGUCGCAUAUUUCAUUGCCUCUUAUGAACAGACGCCGUCAAGCCACGUCUGCUGUUAUGUCGUUUGGUUUCGUUCUACGCCGCUUCUAUAGGAUAUAAUUGAUUUGUAUUCAUUAUCGUUGGAAAUGAUCGGAUAUGUAUAAACAUUUUUAAAAAUUUACGAGACACAUUCCUGCAAUUUCUGUGUUUCCUUAGAUUCGAGAAUGUCAAAAUCGAUCAUUUCUUCUUCCAUAAUAUGUUACUAUCAGGACCUUAAUAUGUUGGUGGCUAUACUUAAUGAAAACAAAAUUAUGAUAAAGAAUCUUCUCCCCGAGUGUAACACAGUAUUGGAACAUACCGCCAUUUGUUGAAUAAGUAUUAUUUUUCAGAUAUUAAAUGUACGUUCCACUUUGUUAUAAACUAUAACCUUCAUUAUGAGAGUUUUGUGUGAAUGAACGUUCAGAAUUGAUGAAUGACUAUAUUACUUAUACGAGUGCAAGGUAUUAUUGUGCAUAAUUAUUUAAUUUUGAAAUUGAAUUUUAUGUGAUUAAAUGUAAAUUGUA